ACGCCCGGCCAAUAGAACUUCGGGAAUAGCGGCAGAAGCCAAUCUGUGGUGGCAUAUGGCGCUCGCGCAGUAGGGUGGUGGAUAACUGUUCGUGGUGUGGAGGAGGACGGCAAGUGAAGCCAUGGAUCAAAGUUACGGUUAUAGUUCUUGGGGUACUGACAACACCAAUACUCAUGGUACAUAUGCCACAAAUAUGGGAAGUUGGCAAGGUUAUGAAGGAUAUGAUUAUUAUGGUGCUCAAGCCAGUAAUACUACCACGGGUCCCACAUAUAAUUAUGAUGCUACUGUUCCCCCAACUACCUGGAAUACGUCUAAACCUUCUGACAUGACAAUGGGUACUAGUAUGCCAGUUGUAAAUUACAAUACUGGAACACUGGAGGCAGAAAACCCUGAUUCCAUCAUAGCAAAAAUAAACCAGCGUUUGGAUAUGCUAUCAAAGGAAAACACUGGCAAUCCUGGAGAAAACAUGGAAGAUCAGGGAAGCUCUUUCAGAUUUGAAUCUUUUGAAUCAUACGACUCUAGAGCCGCAGCACCUGAUCGUGAUCUGUACAGAACCAGCUAUAACUAUAAUGAAGUUGGAUUAGAUCGGAAUGAUACUUUUGGAAGUCACUAUGAUGCUCCUGGUAACCGCAGAGAUCAACCUGGUAACAGAGGAAACAACUAUGGUUUUGUUAGAGGGAGGGGCCAAAAUCGAGGUCGUCCAAACACUUUCAAUCGUGACUGCUUCAUGCCCUCCAGUACAGAACGGCUGUCUACACACUGGAAUGAAAUGAAUUACAUGGGCGGGAGGAAUAUGGGAGGACCUGGACCUAACAGGCUUCCAUCACUCUUUUCUCGAGCAAUGGUCCCUGAGUAUAGGGAUUAUGGUGAUUAUGGAGACUAUGGCGACUAUGGAGAGUAUGGCAACUAUGGGGAUUAUGAUUAUGGCAUGAUGGGAAUGCAAGGAAUGGGAAGGAUUCCUGGGAACAUGCCCUAUGGAUUCGGCAGGACACGUGGCAGACCCAAGAGGAGAGCUUUUCGUGGUCGUCUGGGUGGACGUUCAGAUAACGAAGGUGGGUUAUACAAGCGGAAACAACCCCAAAGUGGAGAGGAACCAGACAGCAAGCAGGCAAAGACAGAAAGUGAAAGAGAUGAUUCUGAUAAUGAUGAUGGUGAAGAAGACAAGUCAGCAGAUGAAGGAGAUAAAGCAACUGGUGAUGGCUGUGAUGAUGAUGAUGAUGAAGAGACAAAACAAAGAAAAGAGAAACAAAGGCAAAGGGAUAGAAUGCGUGACCGUGCAAUGGACAGAAUACAGUUUGCCUGCUCUAUCUGUAAGUUCCGAACUCUUGAGAAUGAAGAAAUGGAGAAACAUUUACAAAACAAAUUUCAUAAAGAAGUCUUGCGAUACAUUGGGACCAAACUACCUGAUAAGACGGUAGAAUUCCUUCAGAAAUACAUUGUGAACAGAAACAAGAAAAUUGGGAAGCGCCGACAAGAGCUGACUGAGAAAGAGGGUACAAAACCAAAACUUGACCCAUUUAAAGGAAUUGGCCAGGAGCACUUUUUUAAGAAGAUAGAAGCAGCUCAUUGUAUGGCUUGUGACAUGCUAAUUCCUGCACAACAACAUCUUCUUCAGAGACAUCUGAGAUCUGUUGAUCACAACAGGAAUCGCAGAACGGCAGCCGAACAUUUCAAGAAGGCUAGUUUUCAUAUUGCUAAAAGUGUCCUAAAUAGCAAGCACAUUGUGAAAAUGCUAGAAAAAUACCUUAAGGGUGAUGAUCCGUUUACAGAUGAAAGUAUUGACCAAGAUGUUGAAGAAUCUGAAGUUUUAGAAGGUGCUGAAGGUGAAAAGGAAAGUGCCACUGUAGAGAAAGGGGAGAAUACUGGGGAGGUCAUCGAAACCAGUGAAGUCAGUGAAUCUAAUAAACCAGAAGAGGAUGAAGCACCUUGCUCUGCUACAGGUUUUUCAAAAGGUGAAUCUGAUGUGAAGGAAGAACAGGCAGAAGAGAGACCAGGUGUAUCAGAAACGGCAGAAGUAACUCCUCAAGAAAAUCUUGACGAGAAAGCCGAAGAAGUCCAAGUGGAAAAGCAGCAGUUUGUGGAGAGACCAGGUGUAUCAGAAACGGCAGAAGUACCUCCUCAAGAAAAUCUUGACGAGAAAGCCGAAGAAGUCCAAGUGGAAAAGCAACAGUUUGUGGAGAUAGGGAAGGAAAACACCCCUGAAAUAGUAACAGCUGAAAGCAGCAGUGUUGAGGAGGAUCCUGUGGGGGUAACAAAUACAGAGCUGUGUCCAGAAUGACCAAAUUGAAAGAUUGUGUGGAGGUGUUUUUCCUGCUUUGCUAUAUAAUCUUUUCAGUACUCCCUCUUCAUAAUCUUUUGAUGUAUACUCCUGAAUUGUUGCUAACUUUGUUUUUGUCUGAAGCAAAGGAUUCAUCUUUCUGUAUGGGAAACAGUCUUGUACUGUAUUGUGAAGAAGAUAGAAAUUGGCAAGCUGGUCAGGUUAUUUAGCUGUAAAUUGAUACCUUCCUGCAUUUAGAACAAAUAGAAAUAAAUGUGUUGAUAUUGAGAUCCUUUUGGCUUUCUCUUUCCGAUGCAGAAAGAAAUAUAGCUUCAUUUUGAAAACAGAAUUAACCUUCUUAUUAGGGAGGGAGUAGAUGUUAAAUGUUUUUGUUUUUUUUCCCUGUAAAAUCGAUUAUUCGUUUAAGUUUCUGGAAAAAGAACUUGCUGCCAUAACGACUGUUAAUGUCAUUUAUCCAGUUUGCAGUAUUGCAUGAAAAAUAGCAUCUGUAAUUAUAUACAAAUUGUUAAGCACAAACUUACUGUGUAUCACACUUGAGUUGUCGUUUAUGCUGUGCAUUAUUUCAGAAAUUAUAUGGGGAAUGAUAGGCUGGUGCUUCAUUAUGUUGGUAGGGAAGCAUACCCGAAGAAAAAUAUUAUAGCAACACUGCAGUCUCACUUCCCUCUUUUCUCCCAAAAUCUGUCAGAGAGGUAUUAUUCAGAGUAGAUUGCCAAAAACUGCUCCAGGCCAGGAAUAAUGAAGCAAUACCAAGAGCAGCAAAACAUAGAUAAAUUGUUAUGAUUGAUGCUUGUAGCAUAACAUUUUAAAGUAGAAUGAACAUUCUUCUUUUGUUGAAUUAGCAAUUAAAUAAACUUCCAACAUGGAAAAUUACUGUCUGGUGUUAGUUUAAUUGGCUCCAAAACAGGUACUAAAAACAUAAUUUGCUAGAGCUAAAAGACCUGUAUUGAUUGUUGUAGUUCAUGGUGCAGACUUCUUUUCUUAUUUCAAAAUGACAGAGCUAUUAGAUAAGAGAAAUAAACUUUUCUGAUAGUGUAUAAAAAGCUGGAUAAAUAUUAAUUCCAGAUCAAAAUUUUGAUUCAAUUAUAUACAAUAAUAGCAAUUUCAAUUUUUCAUGAGGGAAAAACAGAGACAAAAAUAUUCUCUAACAAUAUUAUUUUGUUUUUUUCUGCACAUAAAUGAUUUUAAUUGCAUAACUAUGUUCACAAAUUAUUGACCGUAUCUAAAUCAUAUGUUUUAAAUGAUUUCUAAGCAUUUUUCUUCGGUCAGUAGCUGUGUAUUCAAAAUGGGCAGAGGAAUCCUUAUAUUCUAUCCAGUUGCUAUGAGAAAAUGUAGACGUUCACUGAGAUCAUGUUGUAGAGCUCCACAAAAGUGCCCUAUUUUGAAGUUUUAUUUAUUUUAUUUAUUACAUUUAUAUGCUGCCCAUGUCCCUGAUUAGACAACCCUGGACAGCUUACAAAUCAUCAAAAGAUAAAUAGAAAAGGAAUUAAAAAAUUAAAACUAUGCAUAAAACAAGAACCAGGGAUGGCACAGGAAUGAGGUCUUACCUAAUUAUUGAAUGUGUGACUAUCUAUUUUAGUAAAUGUAUUGGUUUCCAUUCACAACAGCUUGUAAAGCAGACUAUCUGGCUUCCAUCAACAUUUGUUAUUAAGAUCAUUCAGAACUGUUGAUAGCCUGGAAUUAAAAUACCUACUAUUGGCCAUAAACA